AUGGCGCGGGCGGGCGCGGGGCCGCCGCGGGAGCUGUCCCUGGAGGAGGUGCUGAAGUGCUACGAGCAGCCGCUGAACGAGGAGCAGGCCUGGGCGAUCUGCUUCCAGGGCUGCCGCGCCGCCGCCGCCGCCCCCGUGGCCCCCGCGCCGCUCCGCACCACCGACAUCCGCCUCCGCGCCGACGGCUCCGUCCGCCUGCCCGCCCCGCCGCACGACCUGCCCGCGCUGCUGACGCCCUCCGCCGAAGCCCAGAUGGUGCAGUCGCUGGGCUUUGCCGUGUACCGGGCGCUGGACUGGGGACUGGACGAGAACGAGGAGCGGGAGCUGAGCCCGCGCCUGGAGCAGCUCAUCGACCUGAUGACCAACAGCGACUCCGAGGACAGCGGCUGCGCCACGGCCGACGAGGGCUAUGGGGGGCAGGAUGAGGAGGAGGAGGGGGGCGAGGGGCCGCCUCGCUCCGUGCGCACCUUCGGCCAGACCAUGCGCUGCUGUGCCGCCCGCCUGGCCGACCCCGCGGGCGCCCCGGCGCACUACCAGGCUGUGUGCCGCGCCCUCUUCGCCGAGACCGUGGAGCUCAUGGCCUUCCUCGCCAAGAUCCGCGAUGCCAAGGAGCUACUGCAGAAGCUGAAGGAGGAUGAGGAAGAGGAGGAGCGGCCGGCGGCGGAGCUGGGCAACCUGCGCAACACAGACUGGGCCCGGUUGUGGGUGCAGCUGAUGAGGGAGCUGCGGCACGGAGUGAAGCUGAAGAAGGUGCAAGAGAAGCAGUUCAACCCUCUGCCCACCGAGUACCAGCUCACACCCUUUGAGAUGCUCAUGCAGGACAUCCGUGCUCGCAACUACAAACUCCGCAAGGUCAUGGUGGAUGGAGAUAUCCCCCCCCGGGUGAAGAAAGAUGCCCACGAGCUCAUACUUGACUUCAUCCGCUCACGCCCCCCCCUGAAGCAGGCAUCAGAGCGGCGGCUGCGGCCACUGCCCCAGAAGCAGAGGACGCUCCAUGAGAAGAUCCUGGAGGAGAUCAGGCAGGAGCGGAAGCUCCGGCCCGUGGAGCAGAAAGGAUACAGCUCCUUGCCCUGCAUCCCACACGCCUGUGCUGGCCACCUGACCUCCAGCUCCUGCCUCGAGCUGUCCCGGUGCCCGGCCAGCGCCGUGCCUGUGCGCCCACGGCCACGCGUCCUGCUCAAGGCGCCCACCCUUGCCGAGAUGGAGGAGAUGAACCUCUCUGAGGAUGAGGACUCUCCGGCCACAGAGGUGCCACUGAAGCGGGAUCGCUCCUUCUCAGAGCAGGACCUGGCACAGCUGCAGAGCCAGCUGGGGGGUGACCAGGCUGCGCCCCGGGACCCAGAGCCACUGCAGCCCGAGCCCCGGCCCCGCUCAGGCUCUGUCCCCGCCAGCUGCCACCCACUGCCAGAUGGCCCAGCACUGCCCCGGGCUGCCCUCGGCGCUGUGGAAGAGAGGCCGGAGGAUGGAUCCAGUGCUGCCCCUGCCAGCAGCUCCAAGCACCUCUGGCUGGAGUUCAGCCACCCUGUGGAGAGCCUGGCCCUGACUGUGGAGGAGAUGAUCAACGUGCGCAGGGUGCUGGUCAAGGCUGAGAUGGAGAAGUUCCUGCAGAGCAAGGAGCUGUACAGCAGCCUGCGGAGGGGGAAGGUCUGCUGCUGCUGCAGGGCCAAGUUUCCUCUCUUCUCCUGGCCUGCAUCGUGUUUCUUCUGCAAGCGGUCUGUCUGUAGCUCCUGCAGUCUAAAGAUGAAGAUGCCUUCCAAGAAGCUGGCUCACAUCCCCGUCUACGCGCUGGGCUUCGAGAGCCUGCCGGGCUCGCUGCCGCCCAGGGCCCCGCCGCUGCGCCGGAGGGAGCCCUUCCACUCGCUCUCGGGGCCGUGCUGGCGCCGGGUGGAGGAGGAAUUCCCGCACAUCUACGCCCAGGGCUCGGUCCUGCGCGACGUCUGCUCCGACUGCGCCGGCUUCGUCACGGACGUGGUCAGCUCCAGCCGCCGCAGCGUGGCCGUCCUGAACGCCAGCGCCGCGUCCCGGCGCCGCGCCAAGGCCCGCUCCCUCUACAGCGACGCGUGGCUCCAGUGAAGGGCCGGGCGCCCCGGUGAUGGUCGCCACGGGGGUGCCGGUCACCCCGGCACAGCCCCCCGAUGUACAUAUAUACAUAGGAUGGAUACACACAGCUUCUAUAUUUAUAUACGUUAUGGACCAGGGGGCAGAAGGAGCCGUUCCCGCUGUCCCUGCCAUCCCCUUUUGUCCCCGCCACCGGCCCCCGAGGGGAUGGAUCCCGCUGUGGGACACUGCAGAGCCCCGGAGGACGGGUCCCGCUGCGGGGCAGCUCUUGGGGGAUG